AUGUCCUCCGACGUCCGUCCCCCGUCCCUCUGCACCACCUAUCUGCCCCCUUUCCCGCCUGGCUAUUCGCCCACAGAUACUGGGUAUGCAUCCUCCGAUGACGGCGACUCCCUCCCGACGCCUCUCACGGAACACCACGAGCGACAUCUCGCAUACCCUCGUUAUUCGCGCGACCAGCACCAUUUCAUGGCGGACAACCUUCGGCCGUUUGAGCCCAAACAACAACAGCACUUUGAUGCCGCGUCACCAAACCCUUAUAUGAGUCUAGAUUCCCCUUCCCUUUCAUCCCUCCUCGCUGCAUCCACGCCGGAGCCACUCGCGAAUGCGCAUCAGGACCCCUUCCUUCCUUCUUGUUCUUCUCCUCCACAGGCAUUGGACCUGGCCAACGCAUCCCUAGAGAUGACCUUCGCUGCGAAUACCUACAGUAACCACCCCCUCGAUCCCUACGCUUCUCCUUUCACUCCCAUCAAGCAGGCCUUUGAUUUGUCUUCUGACUUUCCUACCUCUGCGGGCGAUACACCUUCAGACAUGGGUGACUUCCUUGCACCGCUGCCUUCGCCCUCCAUGGGCGCUCUCCAAUCCUCUUCCUCGUGUAACCUUCCCUCUCUUAUUAUUUCAUCUUCGUCCUCGUCAUCUCGACCGGCGCUUCAGCACGCCGCUUCCUCUCCGUUGUUGCCCACACUCGGGCGUAUAUAUUCAUCACGGUUUCCCGCCGCGCAUACACUUAACCCGUUUUUUGUGCGUGUGUAUGAGCUCGGCGAUGAGCUCGGUGCAGGCGGAUAUGGCUUCGUUAUGACCGCGCGGCACCGGACCGAAUACCAUGAAGUUGCGGUCAAGUUCAUCGUGAAAGAAAAGGUUCCUGCACACGCGUGGUGGGAGGACCCUGCCGUCGGUCGGAUGCCGACUGAAGUAAUGCUCCUCAGUCUUAUCGACCAUCCGAACAUCGUCAAAUGCUUGGACUUGUACGAGGACGAGUUAUACUAUUAUAUGGUCCAGGAAUUGCACGGUUCACCAUGGGUCUCGAAGAAGAGUAAGAAGGCGAAGCAGGUCACUGCUCCUGGGAAGCUCGUCGUACCAACUCCUUUGACGACACCGUCCCUGACGCCUUCGCCGUCAUUCGAAUCUAUGACAGACGUGAUGCCUCGCACACCUCCGGCAGUGUCAACUUACCCGCAGUCCCCCUUCACCGACGUCGAGCAUGACUUCUCCGGAGCAGGGCAGGACCCCCUCCAAUAUGAUGUCACCAGGUUUUCGCAUGCAAAUCUCAAGCUGAAUCCAUCUACGAACGACGCAGGGGAGCGAAAUUCCAAUGAGGUCCCGCAAGCUUUCCUCCGAGCCCCCCUUCCACUUCCGCUUCCGCCCCAGGUGCGCCCGAACUUCUCGCGACGUCCGUCGCACGACUUGUUUGAGUGCAUCGAGCAGAGCAAGCAUAAGCGGCUCUCGGAGAGCCAAGCGCGUUACGUCUUCGCGCAGGUUGUGGAGGCGGUAUAUUACCUCGAUUGCCAGGGUAUCACUCACUGCGACAUCAAGGAUGAAAACUUACUAGUAGACAGUGAACUCAGGGUGAAGCUCAUUGACUUCGGCAGUGCCGUUGUCGCUGACCCCACAGCGCCGAGGCCAUUGUAUACGCUAUUUUUCGGAACGACGGCGUACGCAUCAUCUGAGAUCUUACGAAAGCAGCCAUACCGCGCACCGCCAGCGGAGGUGUGGACGCUUGGCGUGUUGUUGUCAUAUCUACUCACAGGGCACUCACCUUUCCCAACGGAACAAGACGCAAUCGACGGUCGGAUCGUGCUCCGCGAGCCGGGUGUGGCCCGUCUCAGCCGCGCUGCGGUCGCACUCAUGGCCCGCUGCCUUGAGCGCGAUCAGAUACGCAGAGCCGACAUCGCAGAGGUAAGAGGCCAUCGGUGGUUGCAGGGCGCGCUGGAGAGGGGCGGGCGAGAGUAA